AUGGACGUAUUUCUCUGUACUGUUUUACUAGCUUUACUACAAGCCAAUCUAGGAGUUCAUUCAUUGUCGGAUACACAGAAUGCUCAAACCGCGCAGCCAGCAGUUCCUACAUUGACACUUCAAUCAACAUCAAGUUCUAGUCCACCUACAGAUGGCGUGAAAGGAACUUCAACAGAAGGAGAAGAAAAACAAGGACACAAACCUAAAUCAGUCACUAUAGCAGUGCAAACACCUCCUGAAUUUUAUAAACCUCAACGUGUAAAUGACAUAACAUUAGCAUUUUAUAAGACAGUAGUCAGAAUUAUGGAAAGAUUAUCACAUGCCUUUCAUAAAAUAUACAGAGAUGUGGAGAAAUUCAAGAGAAAAUUCAAACCGAAUAGAAUCUGA